CUUGUUACAACUGCCAGUGCUUUCAAGCCAAGUCCACGGAUCUCUUGUUGCACUUUGUUGAUGAACAAUAAGAUAGCUAGCUAACCACUUGAAUAGUUCAUGCAGAAAAUGAGUGAAUUAUUUGAGAAUAUCAACUUCUGAUAUUUUGAUGUUGAGCCUGGCAAUUGAUAAUGGAUCAGUCUCCAGGCUCUUCUUCAGGAAAAGGAUCCAAUGAACUUCCACCAAGGGUUGAUACUUUACUUCACAGGAAGAAUGUCAAGGAAAAAGAAGAGAGUUACAUUUCUAUGUUACUAAAGAAAAACAAACAUGUCAAGAGAUCAUGUAUAAAAUUGAGUAAAUUGUCAGGUGUGGGAGAAUCUCCCACUGAAAAUGCACUAUCAUCAAAUGUGUCCAGGUCUCCUUUACAUGGAAGGAGCAUUAAGAAAAUUGGGUGCAUGUUCCAGCCCAGCAAGCAGGAGCCACUGUGUCUGAAAAGAGGGGUCAUUGAACCAAUUAAACACAUGUGUGAACCCUCAAUGAUCCCCGACACAUGGAACUAUAAAGGAAAUAGAGUGAAAAACGUCCGCUUCGAUGCAAAAGAGCCUGACAAUGACUGUGUUGUGAGCCACAUAAUCAGAUUGAGAGAAAAACUGGGCUGGUCCACUGAGAUUCCUGACAGGAGAAUAGCAAAAGCAUGCCCACAAAACAUACAGGAAAUCCCUGAGGAGACUAAAAAGGAUCCUGGAGAGUAUGUGUACUGUCUGAUGAGGAACAGAGGUGACCUCAAGAUCCAGCCCAACCCCUAUGAUCUUCAGGUGGUUUCUGUCCAGACAGCUAAACAGAGCUGUCAGUACUGGACCGUUAGCGCUUCAUGCAUAUUCAAGGUGUCUGUUUUGGAGGACAGAAGUGGUGAAAUCAUGUCUGUAAUAGACUGGCUUUCUGAAAGAGAACUGUUUUUCAAAAUCUUCAAGUUGCCAUUGUUUGCAAAAUUCAGAAUUUGGAAGGCAUUUACAAUCUGGAAGGUCACAGUAUGCCACUCAAAGACCAAAAAAGCUAAGGAAAUAUUAUCCAAAGGUCUUUUUUUUACUGAUGACAUCUUCUUGAGAUGUCUGGUUGAAAUCAAAGGACUUUUCGAGAUGGCCAGUGACAAGACAAGAUAUGGCGAUUCUGACGGUGCCAUUGUUUUAACCAAGUUGGAUAAAUCCACCACAUACUCCUUGAUAGGCUUCUGUGAGGCCCAGAACCAACAAUGUGCUGUAGCACUGAGACAACUUCACUGCCUUCACCACAAAGUUGCCACUUUGAUUCGUGCAGCUUGUCUGAAGGUAGCAGAGGUCCAGGGUGCAGAGAGACUGUUCCUCCCUCUGUCCUCUCAGUCGACCAACAGGCCGAUGUAUGCUGAGGUGGCUGAGUGGAGGAUCCUCUUGUGUCGCUUCAGCCACUUCCUCAACAUGAUAGACAGAAUGUUUGAAGAGAUGCUCUGUGUCUUGGUCAGAUCUGCAGUUCAACUCCUUCUGUUGUUUCUCCGAGAGUCCUCUAACACUAAUGGAGUGAAAGAGAGAAGACAAAAGACAAAAAAAAUGGCAAGGAUGGAUGCAAGUGGACCUUACAUAAAUAUUAUCAAAGAGCCAACUGGUCGUAAUGCGGCGCAUAAACUUUCUUCACCAAGCCAAGGCCAACCACAGCUUGUUAACAAGAUGCUACCGGAUUUUAAAAAGGAAGAGCCUAAAGAAGAGAUCCAGGCUGUAUUUGAAGUGAACGUCCUGCUUACAGUCACACCUGUGAACCAGCCAAUGACAGAUGAUGUCUCAGCCAAAGGGACAGCCACAACAGAGCUCCACUCUGAAGUCGACACAAAAGAUACGGAGAAGGAUAAAGAGGUUUCCCGUGAGGAGACUCCAUGGCGUUCGCCCAGCAAACGAGUGAAGCUAACCAUCUAUCCCUGCCUUGAUGACUUCACACUGCACAUUCAGCAAGUGCUACAAGGAUUUGAACAAGUCAUUGCCAAACAGACGUCCUUCAACCAAGACCCUAACCUCCUGGAUUUGCACUCGCCUCCUGUGUUUGACCUGAAACUGUCUGUUGACGAGGAGCUGGAGAAGGAAAGAGACCAACAUCUCCGACCAUGGCCUGAGCUGGAGCUGUUACUGGGGACAGAUCCCUCUUUCCAGUCUGAUCUGUCGGACAUCCUCAGUACCGUCCAGCGAGGGAUGCAGGGAGUGGAGAAGCACUGUCAGAGGCUAGAGAAGUACUGUGAUAUGGUGGAGACAGCCAUGUUGACUGACAUGGAUGGGUUCUUGGCCGGGGAGAAAUGGUCUCCCCAGGAUAUCAAGGCCAUCUUGGCGGUGCACACAGAGAGCAUCAGGCUGAUGAAAAGGAUAGAGACUGAGACCCGUGUCAACAUGAUCCUGGUCAGGUGUCACCAGUACCAGUCAAACUGCCUGCCCUACCCAGAGGCUCUCAUCUUUACCAUUCACUCCAUGCUCCCCUCCAUUGUAAAGAAGAAGAACCUGGAACUGAUGGAGGUGAUCAGAGGAGCUCUUAGAAAGCUGGAUAAAGACAUUUUUACAGUGGAAGAGUUUGUCGAGCAUCUGACCUUCCUGAGUCGGAUAUCUGUGCAGAUUCCAACUCUGGAAAGACAGUAUCAGUUCCUCAUUCAGCUCUAUAGUAUGGCUAAAGAGUACCAGAUCACUAUCUCUCCUGAGGAGCUGGCUUUGUACCAGCACCUCGUCCCCAGCUUCCAGCAUCUCAAAUCCACUGUCAUGAUCUGUGAAACCAAGAGGGAUGACAACAUCUUCAAGUUCAGCGUUGAUCUGGGCAAACACUUAAAUCAACUCAGAUUUGAGCUUGUUCUGGUUAAAAGGAAGGUGAACAAUCCCAUCCUGCUUUGCUGCUAUACGUCUCCCAAAGUGGCCAACGAGAUCCUCCAGGCUCUCUCGGAGGAGGUGGCCAUCUACUCCAAUAAGGCAUACAGCUACACUAGCUACGGAGAGCUCCUGAGAAACUCUUUUUCUAUGAAGAAGAUCUCCACUGUGGUCCGCAUGAAGCAGGGCCGUGGUUCUAAUGCUGCCGAAGUGGAGGCAGAGCUGUCUGAGGUGGACUGUGCCCUGACGCUGAGGAAGAUGCUCUGGGGGAUGCAGAAGGAAUGGGAUAAACAGUACAACCGUUGGAGAGCCACCACCUUCGAGCUGCUCAAUGUGGACGAUCUGCAAAAUGAUGUCAGCCGCUUUACACAGACCAUCUACAUGUUAGAGAAAGGUUUACCUGAAAACAACAUAGUUCCCAUUCUGAAGCAGAAGGUGAUGGACUUCAAGCUUUGUCUGCCCAUCAUCCUGGCUCUCAGGAACCCUUAUCUCCGUCAGAGACACUGGGAAGACAUCCAGAGCUAUAUCGGACGAUUCUUCACCAAAGAGGAUAACUUCACCCUUGGAAACCUAUUAGACAUAAAGAUUCUUCAGCAAAGUGGUUCGAUAGGGGACAUCUCCACUACUGCCACCAAUGAGGCCACUUUAGAGAGCAUCCUGUACAAAGUGAUUGACCUGUGGAGGAACACAGACUUCCGUCUGAUCACCCACCAGUCUGACACAUCCACGGUGAAAAUCAUCGCCUCGGCAGACGACGUCAUGGCACAGCUGGAAGAGAGUCAGACCACUAUCAUGAGCAUCAAGUCAUCCCGCUACGCUGAGCCUAUCAAGUAUCUGAUAGAUGAAUGGGAGAGGAAGCUGAACCAGUUCUCACAUACUCUGGAGGAGUGGGUCAUGUGUCAGAAGAGAUGGCUCUACCUGGAGCCUAUCUUCUCUGCUGGAGGGAUUCAGAGACAGCUCCCAGCGGAGGCCAAGGUGUUCCUGCAGGUGGAUCAAUCAUGGAAGGAGAUCAUGAGGAGGACAGAUGACAGGCCUAAUGCCCUGAGAGCAGCUACCGCCCCUGGGGUCCUGGAGAUGCUGCAGGCUGGCAAUGUCCACCUGGAAAAAAUACAGAAGUGUCUGCAGGAUUAUUUUGAAUCCAAAAGAACAGUUUUCGCAAGAUUCUACUUCCUCAGCAAUGAGGAACUGCUGGAUGUUCUGUCACAGAGCAAAAAUCCCAACGCCAUUCAGCCUCAUCUUGUAAAAUGCUUCAGCAACAUCCGUCACCUGGACAUCCAGGAACAUGCUAGGAUUUACCAUGUGGUGGCAAGCAUACGUUCAGCCGAGGGUGAAACUGUGACCAUGCCAAAAAAUGUUCAAAUACGUGGCCCAGUGGAGCAAUGGAUGGGAAAUGUGGAAACAGCGAUGUACAACACAGUGAAAAGGCGCUUGAAGUUAGGAGUGUCAGAAUGGAAUCCUCAGAACUUUAAGAAAUGGGUCCUCUCUCAUCCCGGACAGGUCGUUCUCACCGUGACCCAGAUCAUGUUCACUAAGGACUGCCAGGAAAGCUUCAGCAGUGAGAGGCAGCUGGAGAGCAUGGUGGUGGUGAAGCAGCAGGUGAUCCACAAUGUGGAGGAGCUGGCUGACCUUGUGUCCGAGCCCCUGCCCUGUCACCAGCAGGCCACCCUAGAGGCCCUGCUCACAAUCCUGGUUCACUGUAGAGACAUCCUCAGCCAUCUCCUCCAGAACCGCAUCACCAGUGUCGACGACUUCGAGUGGACAAGGCAGCUUCAAUAUGUCUGGUAUGACAGCACCUCUCUGUGUUACGUGGUCCAUGCCCAGGCUUCCUUCAUGUAUGGCUAUGAGUACCUGGGCUGUUCUCCUCGACUGGUCAUCACGCCGCUCACUGACCGAUGCUGGCUGACCCUCACCGGGGCCUUGAGCCUCCAUCUGGGGGGCGCGCCCGCCGGACCCUCUGGAACAGGCAAGACAGAGACGGUCAAGGACCUGGCCAAGGCGCUUGGAAAGUUCUGUUUAGUACUGAACUGCUCUGACAGUCUAGACUAUAAGAUGAUGGGGAAGCUGUUCUCUGGCAUGGUGCAGUCUGGUUCCUGGUGUUGUUUUGAUGAGUUUAACCGUAUCAACGUAGAGGUGUUGUCAGUCAUCGCUGCUCAGCUUCAGUCCAUUAAGGCUGCCAUGCAUAGUCACAGUUUACGGUUUAUGUUCGAGGGAAGAGAUAUCCGACUGAACACCUCAUGUGGAUUCUUCAUCACUAUGAAUCCAGGUUGCAAAGGUCGAGUGGAUCUCCCUGACAACCUAAAGUCCCUGUUCCGGCCUGUCUCUAUGAUGGUACCUGACUUUGACCUGAUUGCUGAGAUCAUGUUGUUCUCUGAGGGCUUCAAAUCAGCCAAAUCACUGUCCAGGAAGAUCGUCAACCUCUACCAGCUCGCCAGCAAGCAGCUGUCUCAGCAGGACCAUUAUGAUUUUGGAAUGAGAGCCAUAAAGUCAGUGCUAGUUCUCGCUGGUCAGGAGAGAAGAUUCGCAGCGCUGUCGUGUGGCCUGACACCAGAGGACGAAUGCUCCGUUCUGAUCUGUGCUUUACAAAACUCAAACUUACCCAAGCUGGUUCCUGAGGACGUUCCUCUGUUUAAAAGCAUCAUGGAGGAUCUCUUCCCUGGCGUCGUCACUCCCAAAACUAUCCAUCCUCAACUAGAGAUCGCCAUAGCUAAGGCUACAGAGAUGCUUGGAUUUCAACAAUGGCCAAAUCAAGCAGAGAAGGUUACACAGCUGUAUAGCCAGAUUUUGGCUCGAGGAGGGGUGAUGUUGAUUGGUCCUACCGGAGGAGGGAAGACAACAGCGAGACUCAUCCUGCAGCAUGCUCUACACCUGCUGCCCUCUCUGUCUGAAGUCGACAGGAGGACCAACGUCUUUAUGCAUUUGGCACCGAGUUCAGAGGUCCACGUGGAAAGCUUCACCAUCAACCCCAAGUGUGUGAGCUUUGGAGAGUUGUACGGCCAGGUAGACCCCAACACUCUGGAGUGGUCAGACGGCCUGUUCGCUUCUGCAGUCAGAACCUAUGCUAAAGAACUCUUCGAACAAGACAACAAGACUUCCAAAGACAGCGAGAGCAGGAACACCUCCUCUUCAGAUGUUUUGAGUGACUCCACUACACCCUUACCUCCCAGCAGUUAUCAACAUAACUUCAUGGUUGACAACUGGCGUUGGAUCAUAAUGGAUGGCCCAGUGGAUAUCCUGUGGGUCGAGAACCUGAACACUGUGUUGGACGACAACAAGACGCUGUUCCUGGUGAACGGAGAGAGGAUCAGCCUGCCAGAUGGCAUUAGGUUCCUGUUUGAAGUGGAUACUCUCAGCCAGGCCACCCCCGCUACCAUCAGCCGCUGUGCCAUGGUUUACAUGGAUCCAGUUGACCUGGGCUGGAAGCCGUACGUGAGGCGCUGGCUGUCCCAGCUGCCCAGACAGCUGAGCAGAGAGGGAAGGAACCACAUCCAGCAGCUCUUUGACAACAGCAUCACCCAGGGGCUGAACUUUGUCAAGAAGCACCAGAAGCUGCUCAACUUCCAGAUCCCGGAGAUGUCCACAGUCAUGACCGUCUGCAGCAUCCUGGGGGCUCUCAUUAACUUCAUGCAGGGGAAUGGUGGCCUGGGACUAAAUCUUGAGACAUUGUCAGAGGAAGACAUUGGGAAGACAUCUGCAGACAAUGAGUCCACAGGAAAAGGGGAGGAUAACAAAUGGUUUCUACAGAAAAACCCAGAAAAACUCACGAUUCUUCUUGGGAAGCUGUUUGUCUUUUCAUACGCCUGGGCAGUGGGAGGAGUCCUGAACCAUGUAGAUGACUAUGAUGAUUCCCCAUCUGCUACUAAAGACAAAAGCUGUCACCUCGUCAAUGUUGCACACGCAUUCAAAAACUUGAUCCACAAGUUGUUUGAAGGCGCACCUUGCGGUGUGUCUUUACCGGCGGGGAAUCGUAUGAUCUUCAACUACUUUGUGGAUCUACAGACAGGUGCCUUCGUUCCCUGGGAUGAGUUGGUUCCUAGCACCGAGAGUCUAAUACGCAAAGGACUGAACACAUCCUCAGGUUCUGAAUCAUUGCAGUUGGGAGGAGUCCUGGGAGAGUCUAACACAACAGAUACCACCAGCUUUCUGAGAUCAGGCCCCAUCUGCAGCAAUGAUACUGUCCGCUACUCCUUUCUAAUGAGCCUGCUGCUGCUCAACAAACAACCAGUACUUCUCACAGGGGAUUCUGGAGUUGGAAAAACCAUUCUCAUCCAAAGCAUUCUAAAGAAACUACAGAAAGACGGAGGAGAAAUGGUGAAUCAAGGGACUAUACUGGGACAAGUCUUUCUACACAACCAAGCCAAGACAGCCAGCCUGUUGGAGGAUGUUAACCUGCUGACAGCUGUGUUUGGGGGAGAUGCAGAUAAGUCUACAGGUGGCUUGUUGCGCAGCAUGCCGUUUGGAGUGUUGCGCAGAAUGCCUAGUCCCAGCCAUACCUCAGAAUCCUCAGGAAUCCUGACCUGUACCCUCCAGUGCACUGCUCGUACAACCACUGCCUACGUACAGGCACACAUGUUACAAAACCUCGUCAAGAAAGGCAAAAAUAACCUUGGUGCACCCAAAAAUAAGUCGGUCUUGGUGUUUGUAGAUGAUUUGAACAUGCCAACACUUGAUAGUUAUGGCGCCCAGCCUUCCAUGGAGUUGAUUCGCCAGUUCAUCGAGCUCCAGGGAGUAUUCGAUGCCAAGACUCUCACCUGGAAGGGCAUCCAGGAUGUGACUCUGUGUGCAGCCUGUGCCCCUCCGGGUGGGGGCCGUCAGAACCUCAGCCCCCGUCUGCUAAGACACUUCUCUGUCCUGCUGCUGCCACACCCCUCUAGCAACACCAUGCAACACAUCUUCCAGGUCCAACUCGGGAAGUUCUUUGGUAUCAGAGAUUUCUCCAAGGAGGUGCGUAAAUGCAGAGAGACCUUGGUGUCUGCCUCCAUCACUGUCUACAAUGAGAUGUGUCAACGUAUGAUGCCCACUCCAGCCAAAUACCACUACACAUUUAACCUCCGAGACCUGUCCAAGGUGGUCCAGGGCCUGAUGCAGGCCAGCGACUCUGAGCUAAACUCAGAGGAGGCUGCAGCCUACCUGUUUUCCCACGAGACCUCCAGGGUGUUCCACGACCGCCUGGUCAACGAGCAGGACAGAGAACUGUUCUUUCAGAUACUGUCCAACGAGCUGCACAGUUACUUCAAGGUGUCCUGGCCACCAGAGGAGCUGAUGAGAGAACCCAUAACAUUCGGAGACUUCCUGGAUAUGAGCAUCCCAACUGCUUCUAGGAUCUAUAAGCACCUGCCAGAGUUGAAGAAGAUCCAGGCUGUACUGGAGGAGUGUCACGCUAGUCAUGGAAGGAAAGCCUCUCAGAUUGGACUGGAUGGCACAGGGAAGGAGGAGUGUGUGACUCUGGCCUGUCAUGUGUCUGGAAGCCAUCUCUACAGGCUGUCUGUCUGCCGGAACUGCAGCUACUCAGACUUCAGAGAUGACCUGAAGAGGGUGUUCAGACAGGCCGGGAUCCACCGUAAAAACACCGUGCUGCUCAUCACUGACUCAGACAUUGUCAAGGAGUCAGUCCUUGAGGAUCUGAACUGCAUUCUGAAAUAUGGUGAUGUCCCUGGCCUGUUUGACAACGAUGAGAUUGAUUCAAUCACUGUGGAUCUCAAGUCAACAAUGGAGAGCUCUAUCGGUGAAAAUAGAGAGGAGAUGUACUCUUAUUUCAUAGAGCAAGUUCAUCAGAGACUACACAUCGUCCUGGCCCUGAACCCUGCUGGGAUGCGUCUGAGACAGUACUGUUGGGCCCACCCGGCCCUGCUCUCCUGUUGUUACAUAGACUGGUACAGUGAGUGGUCUAAAGACGCUCUGCUGCAGGUAGCCAACAGCACCUACAUCAACUCUGACGACUUUGACUGGCUCGGACAGGUCCUGCAGAACAAGGUAGCCAGAGUGUGUGUGGAUAUCCACUACAGCUCAACCCAGAUGGCUGCUCAGUACCUGCAGGAGAUGAGAAGGCCCUACUACAUAGUCCCCAGUACUUUCAUCGAGUACAUAGACACCUUCACCAAGAUGUGUCGUUCAGAGGGGUCUAAGCUCCAUAAUGUCAGAGAUCGCUUUAGUAAUGGACUCUCUAUAUUAUCUGAGGCAACAUCUCUAGUCACUGUCAUGCAAGAUGAGCUGCUAGCUCUGGGCCCACAGAUAGAGGAGAAGUCAAAGGAAAUAGAGAUAUUGAUGGGUAAACUGAAAGAGGAUUCUCAAGCUGUGGAACAAGUCCGAGCCAUCGUCAAAAUGGAAGAAGACAUGAUGUUGCAAGAAACACGGAUCGUUCAUGAAUAUGCAGAGGAUGCCACGGCAGAUUUGAAUAAAGUUUUGCCUCUGCUGGAGAAAGCAGUUUCAGCUUUAGAUGCUCUGCAAAAGAGUGACAUUUCAGAAAUAAGAGUGUACACCAAGCCUCCAGAACUGGUCCUGACAGUGAUGUAUGCAGUCUGCAUCCUGCUACAGCAGAAGCCUGACUGGACUACAGCUAAACAGCUGCUUGGAGACCCUGGCUUCCUCAAGAGACUGGUCACCCUGGACAAAGACAGCCUGCCAGAGAAGGUGUUUCUGAAGUUGAGGAGGUAUUCUAAGUGUCCUGACUUUAACCCUGCCAAGGUGGGCAUGGUGUCUAUAGCCUGUCGUUCUAUCUGCUUGUGGGUGCUGGCUUUGGAGCACUACCAUGCUGUCUACAAGAUAAUUGAGCCCAAACAGAACAAAGUCAACCUGGCUCAAGCAGCAUUGGUGAAAUCAGAAUCUAAUCUGAUGAAAAAGCAGAAAAGACUUUCGAAGAUCGAGGAGCAUCAGAAAGCUUUGGAGGACCGCUACGAUGCCAGUGUGUCCGAGAGACAGGAGCUGGGGAGACGUAAAGAGAGGACCACGAACAGAGUGCAGAGAGCUGCUGCACUCAUAUCAGCCCUGUCUAAUGAAAAGGAUCGCUGGGAGAAAGCAGUGUGUGACCUGGACAACAAACUGCAGCACAUAGUGGGUGACGUCAUGGUUUCCUCAGCGUUCGUCACGUACUGUGGACCUCUGACGGCCGACUACCGUAAAGCCAUGGUGAAGAAGUGGUUGGACUUCUGCCACAACAUGGAGAUCCCUGUCUCUCCUCAGUACACCUUCACCUCAGCCAUGACUGAGAAGAACCAGGUGAGACACUGGCAGAACACAGGCCUGCCACCAGAUCAGAACUCCACAGAGAAUGCUUUGAUCGUGAAGAACGGUCCCCAUUGGCCCCUGCUGAUCGACCCCCAGGGCCAGGCCACCAGGUGGAUAAGCUCUAUGGAGGGGGUCAGGCUCAGGAAGAUGCUGGCCUCAGACCCCAACUAUAUGAAGACAGUGGAGAGGGCCAUUCGCAUGGGGGACGCUGUCCUUAUUCAGGAUGUUCUUGAGAACAUAGAUCCCUGUCUUCAGCCAAUCCUGAUCAAGAACCUUACAAUACGUGAGGGUCAAUCAUUCAUCAAAAUUGGAGACACUGAAAUUGAGUACAAUCCCAACUUUAGGCUCUACAUGGCCACCUGUCUGCCAAAUCCCCACUUCCUCCCGGCAGUGUGUGUCCUGGUGAAGCUGAUCAACUUCUCGGUAGAGUACGAGUGUCUACAGGAGCAGCUGCUGUCCAGCGCGGUGUCUCUGUAUCAGCCGGAGCUAGAGCUGCACCACAACCAGCUCCUCCACACUAUUACUGCUGACCUGUUCAGCCUUCACGAGCUGGAGAACAGGUCCCUGCUGCUGCUGCAGGACACCCAGGGACACAUAUUGGACGACCAGGACCUCGUUGAUAACCUGAAAAAGUCCAAGGUCACCUCCAAUGAGAUCUCUGUGCGAGUUGAGACGGCUAAGGACAAGGAAAAGGAGAUCGACGAGGUCCGCAAGAAGUACCUCCCUAUCGCUAACCGUGGUGCAGACCUGUAUUUUGUCCUGGCCGACCUCACCCAGAUCAACUACAUGUACCAGUUCUCCCUGGACUGGUUCAAUGACAUGUAUGUGAAAGCUUUGCAGGUGGCUACGGAAGGCCAGGAGUGGCCCACCCUGGACGUGUCCAUGCCUGUGACGGGCACCCUGCGCCCGGCUGGAGCUAAAAGCCUGAGGAGGGCUGUGGUGGUGCCUGGAACAUGUGCUCCCAACAUGGGGGACUUUAACCUUCGUCUCCUCAAGAUGAUGAACGCCAUCACUGAGAGUAUAUACAAGGAAGUGUCCCUGGCCCUGUUUGUGGACCACCAGGUGGUUUUCUCCUUCCUGAUGUGUUGUAACAUCAUGAAGACCAACAAGCACAACAUGAUAGUGGGCAGCACUGAGUUCCUGCCUGCUGAAGAGUGGAAGAUAUUCCUACACUCUGCUGUGCUGGCCAGCAUGAUGGACUCAAAGAGAGCCGAGCAGGAGGAAGGGGAGCUCCUGGGCGAGCGUCCGGAACACCCGUGGCUGACAGACAGCAUGUGGGCACAGUGCCAGUACCUGUGUGCCCACCUGCCCUGCUUCGCCACCCUCUACAAGUCCAUCCAGACCAACCGUGUGCAGUGGGAACUGUUCCAGCAGGCUAGGAACCUCUAUGAGUUCCUCAGUGAGCCCUACGCUGGUUCUGGUACUGAAGGAGAGUCAUCCCAGUCAGCAGCAGCCUCGAAGGACAGGCAUCUCACCAAGUGUGUCCACAUCUUCCCCUGGGAGAGCCUCUCAGGCUUCCAGAAGAUCAUCUUGGUGAAGAUCCUGAGGCCUGAGUGUCUGAACACGGCAGUGAAAGCCUUUGUCAUAGAGAAGAUGGGUUCUAAGUACCUGGAGGUUGGAAAGAUCUCCCUGAGAGAGGUGUAUGAGCGCUGCUCUGCCAACGUGCCCAUCGUAUUCCUCCUCUCCCCUGGCAUGGACCCAGCCUCCCUCCUGGUGCGUCUGGCCCAGGAGCUGAGGGGUAGCAGCCUGCACCUGGACAUGGUGUCUCUGGGUCAGGGCCAGGGCCCCAGGGCAGAGGAGCUCAUUUACAAGGCCCAGGUCCUCAAGGGCCGCUGGGUCUUCCUGCAGAACUGCCACCUGGCCGCCUCCUUCAUGCCCAGACUGCAGACUGUCGUCAACUCGUUGAAGUGGAAAGGCUCAGACCUGGACCCUCACUUCCGUCUGUGGCUGUCCUCUAAACCAGACCCAGUGUUCCCUGCCUCCAUCCUGCAGAGAGCCAUUAAGAUAGCUGUGGAGCCUCCUCGGGGUUUGAAGGAGAAGCUCCUCCACACCUUCAGUCCCAGUGGAGAGGUGACCGAGAGGAGCUUCUGUAAAAUGGACUGCAGCCCAGCCUGGAAGACUUUGCUCUUCAGCCUCUGCUUCUUCAACGCCAUCGUGCAGGAGAGAAAGAAGUACGGCCCUCUGGGGUGGAACAUACCCUACACCUUUACAUCUUCUGACCUGGAGGUGUCCAUGCUGAACCAGGAGAGUCUCCUGCGGGCUGCGGAAGGUUCCGAGCUGCCAUGGGCGGCCCUACGCUACCUGACAGGUGAGGUGAUCUACGGAGGGCGUGUCACCGACCCCUGGGACCGCCGCUGCCUGCUUUCCAUUCUCCACCGCUGCUAUACCCCCUCGGUCCUGCAGGACGGACACAGCUUCUGUCAGGCUCAGGGCUACCCUCCCUUCCCUAAAGAUGCCAGCUGGCCCCAGUGUAGAGCCUACAUAGAGAACAUGCCAGACAAGGACCUGGCGGAGGUGUUUGGCAUCGACAGCAGUGCAGAGACGGUGAUACUGCAGAACCAGACCCAGCAGCUGCUGCACACUAUCGUCAACCUGCAGCCCAGGCUCUCUGAUAGCAGCCUGCUGGUCAGAGACAGACAGUGCCAAGAUAACGUCGUUCUGAGGAUGGCCAUGAACAUCCUGAACAAACUACCAGAGACAGUGGAGGUUGAUCGUGUCACAGAGAAAACACUGUUCCUCAGAGACAUCAUCGCCAAAGUCAACUUUGCGGAAUCAUCUUCCUCUGACCAGGGUGAGAGACGCACAGCCUCGGCCUCCUCUGCCCUGCUGGUGAUCCUGCGACAGGAGAUUGAUCGGUUUAACUACCUCCUCUGUGUGGUACGCUCCAGCCUCCUCUCCUUCUCUGCCUCCAUCAGAGGAGGGGUGCUGAUGAGUGAGGCUCUGGCCGAGGUCUACACUGCCCUGCUCACCAUGAUCGUACCAUCAGACUGGAAGCACUGCUCAUACGAGUCGUGCAUGUCUCUGGGUUCUUGGAUCCAGGACCUGGAACAGAGAGUGUGGUUCUUCAGAGCCUGGGCAGACAACAUCAAGAUCAACCUUAUAGAAAAGAUACCUAUGAUUAGUGGAGGAGUCUACUCUCUGAACCGUCCACCUAAGACUGACCUGCAGCAGAGCCUCAAGAACAGGAAGCCUCGCUCCUACUGGCUCUCUGGGUUCUUCUUCCCACAAGGUUUUCUGACAGCUGUUCUUCAGAACAGUGCUCGACAGAACACCGUGCCCGUAGACUCUCUGUCUUUCACCUAUCAUGUUCAACCUGUGGAUGAGAGCUCCAGCAGCUGGAGCAAAGUGGCAGACAAAACUAAACUCCUUUUUGAGGGCCCAGCUCCACCAGAUGAGGGCGUGUUGGUGUAUGGGCUGUACCUUGACGGAGCCAGCUGGGACCCGGUCUCCCACAGCCUGCAGGAGCUCCAGCACAACAUCAAACACUGCCCUGUGCCUGAGAUACACUUCCUACCCUGCCAGGUCUCUGAGGAUGCUGUGGCCGUGCCUACUACAGAGUCUCCUGGGGACCUCCACUUCUAUGACUGUCCCCUGUACCGUACCUUCAAGCGGGCAGGCUUCCUCUCCUCCUCAGGCAUCUCUACCAACUUCAUCACAGCCGUGUCUCUACCCACCUUGGUGUGUCCUACUCACUGGGUCUUCAGGGGCACUGCCCUCCUCUGCCAACCUAAUGAAUGAACAAACUCAAUACUAACUGUUUACACUAAAGCUAUGAGUGAACUCAUUACCAACUAAUAAAGACUGUUUCAAAGUAA